UAGCCAGUUAGAUUCGCGUCGCGUACACCAGUUAUAUGCUUAUCGUCAUCACGUACGCAUCAUCGGAUGAUCGUAAGCUCUGACAGUUCUGUACUGUGAUUUCGCGAUGAAGAAUUCGUACAUCAUUUUUAGUACUAUCGCAGGUUUAUUCGCGGUUACAGAAUCAAGUGACUGGGGAUACUGGGGCGAUCAUGACCCAGUACAUUGGCCAGGAUUAUGCGCGACUGGAAAGCAACAGUCGCCGAUAGAUAUUUCCACCAAGACCACCGUGAAAAAAGAUUUUUGUGACCUAACGUUCCGAAGAUAUGAGGACACGUACCAUGCGGAUGUUAUUAACAAUGGUCACUCUGUACAACUGAAUUUUGAUAGGAAGUCUAUGUUCCUUUCAGGAGGAGGUUUACCGUCAACAUACGUGUUGGAGCAAAUACAUUUUCACUGGCCCGCUGAACACACUGUGAACGGGGUGCGCGAUGCAUUGGAAGUGCACUUCGUCCAUUAUGAACUGUCACAUCAAAAUGUUGCUCAAGCUUCACAGUAUAAGGAUGGUAUUACCGUCAUCGCAACCUUAUUCGAGUUGAGUAAAGAAGAUAACGCGGAUAUAAUGCACAUCGUAAAAGUGGUAAACAUAUCUAACAGUUAUGAGCCGAAUACAAAGCCAGUGUCAGACAAGGUGGUUCCUUCACUUCUUUUCCCGAAGAAUCAUUCAACCUUUUACCGUUACAAUGGAUCGUUAACUACUCCAGAUUGCCUGGAGUCUGUCACAUGGGUGAUUUUCACUGAAAAACUUACGAUAUCGAAGCAACAGUUGCACGUUUUUGAAAGUGUUAAGGCGAAGAACGGCACCUUGAGCCACAAUUACAGACCAACCCAAGAUCUUGGAGACAGAAAAGUUUAUCUCCGUGGCAUCGAUUCUUCUGUCGCAAUGCCUACGUCGAAUUUAAUGUUCACACUGUUAAGUUUUAUGUUUAUCAAACUGUUGUGCUCGUAAUAAAACGUAUUGGUAUAACAGGAUUCGGUCAUGUGUUAUUAUCAAAUUAUCAGCAAGUUAUACUCGGAUCAAUUAUGUUAUACAUACGGAAGCGUGGCCUCUGCACGUUGUAGCUGAUCAUCAUCCGAUAUUCGCGCACUGUUCGGGUGAAUUUUACCGAGAUGUUUUAGGCAUUAUACAACUUUAUAAAUAAAUUUUACAUGUGCAUUUCAUACAUGUUACUAUUAUACACUUA